AUGGCGUCUCUGUCCAUUUCUCUGAAUCUUCCCGUGGCGACUUGGGAGGCGUUGCUGAAUGCGUCCUGGCAGGCCUCGUGUGCCGAUUCAGCUGCGGAAUUGGUGAGAGCGGUGCGUGCGGAGAGGGACAGCAUUGCGGUUUCCCUCCGGCGUCAUCGUUCGACAUCCAUGGCGUCCCUUCAUGGACGGCCCCGCGCGCGCUCUCUGUCGUCUGCGCUUCCAAACAACACCGACCUAGGACCUUUCCAUCCCCGACCGCAAGCUGGGUCGCCGUCGCCGGCCGCCGAGCAGUGGGCCCCUCGGCCAACGUCGCCUGGGGUCAACCACGCUGAAGACUGGCCAAAGCUGCUGUCCGAAGCUUCUUUCUCCGACGACACCGCGUCAGUCUGUACCGCCGAACCAGAGCAAUUUUAUGUGCGUUUCUCCCCUGCGUCUUACUCCCUGGUCAAACUCACACUGGAACAGUCUACUUCAUCAGCUCGCCCUGAGACACAUCUGUACGACGUCUGUAACCCGGUAGAAGAGCUGUCAAUGAUCCGGAAUAGCGGGUGCGAUUCUAGGCUAUCCGCGCCGUCGUCCUCGGGUCCGCCUUCGCCGCUCACUGAGUACUCUGACGACGAGGACUCGCCGACCAGAAACCGUUGUAUUCAAAGCCCGCGUCGCACGAGGCUCCGCUCCAGGGGACGCGCUGAUCGCGACGAACGAGACAGCGCGCGGGAAGACUCCUCCCCGUCCCCCGCGCCUCGCAACCGAAAACGUCGGCGCCGUUCUAAGGAGAAGCAGGCCCGACGCCAUGUCCGCCCGCGCACAAACUCUGUAAGGCUGGAAGGUGACAAGCAGCACAAGAACUGGACAUUGGUCGAUGGUCCUGUACCUCUGACAGAGGGCGCGUCUUUGUUGGUGGAGCAGGUGUGCGGGCAGAAUGACGCGCAGCGUGUCAGCCGUAUAGCCGCUUUGUUCGGAGUGGUUGAUAACCUAUCCAACGCUGCCGUUUUGGCGGCGCCAUCUUCACCUCUGAACCUCGCCAGCAUCGCCGCUAUGGUCACGAGGUUGGAGAGGAGUGCAUCCGAGAUGGAACUCGCCCUCUGCAUGGGCUACAUACAGCUGGUGCUGAACGUAGAUCAUCUCGACCGCGAGGCUCGUCAGACUCGUCAGAAGAAUGGUUCAAGGGACGCUCGGCGUAAGCAACGCGCACGCGCAGCGCAGGGUGCUCUACCCCAUGGCGCCAAUAGGGCCGAGCUAGCGCGCUCAGCUGGCGUAUCGAAGUCGACGCUGGAGAGAUGGUUGGGCAUGGGGACACGGCUUCUCUAUCUGUGCAUGGCCGGCACCCCGCUCAUCCUAUUCGCGCUGUCUUCGUGCGCAUUCUUAGGCGAGUGUCGCAGUGGACGCUAUACAACUUACCAUGAUAUCAUGGCCAUGGGUCUUCCAUUCCGUGAGCCGGACGAGCAAACGGCUGCUGGCCGGCUCGUCCGCAAUCACUACCUUCCCCUCCUGCGUUGGAUGCAGCAAGAAGCCACCGGCAAAAGCAACCUCCGUCUCUACGAUCCGAGCACCGCCGCUUACCAUCAUCUCUCGGACUUCGACUUCUGGGACGCUCGAUUUGGGGAGGUUCAGCUGAAUUGCUUUCGUCUGCCGCCCCGUUCGUACAAGUGGGAGGAUUAUACGUCUCUGGCGCCACAACAACCGUCAGCCUGUCCGCUUCCUGCCGCGCUAACCAUCAACACCGGCCGACCUUUCCCUUCCGAGCCGUGCCCAGUCACUGGGGACAACCGGCGGGCGUGGACCGAGGCUCAGCGGAAGAAGGUCGAUAAGUGCGCUGUGCGCGUUGAAACGAAGGAGGAGCUGAAACGCAAGCUGCGGGAAGGCGGUGACGAUUAUAUUGUCCUGGAUCCCGGUAUCCUAGACGGGAUGCCUCUCGAUCUUCGGGCAGGCACUGGCGACCGCAUAGCCUUCGUAGUACCUAUUGAAGGAUCUCAGCCCGGGAGACCUGAUCUCAGGGAAUUGCUGGACAGCGUUGUCGAUCGCAUACAGUGCUUACUGCCGUCGGACUUCGAUACUGUGGACAGCUCAGCGGAAGAGUACAAAGGUUUUGUUGCCAUCCACUUCACCAUAUAUUGCAAGUACUCCGAGCACGGCAACGAGAACCUGCCGCCUCCCGAGGCCGCGCAUCCGACUCGGAUUUCCAGGGAGGGAGGAACACGAGUGAACGUGAAUAUGCGUGUCCCGCGUCAGUCUCACGAGAUACGCGAAGAUCCUCUGGGCUACCAGGCUAUCGCCACCAUGCUCAAACCGCUAUUUGCGUGGGUGUCCGAAAAUGUUAUGCAGACGCACCUGGGUCCGGUACAAGACGAACUGGAGCUGUUUCUCGAGGUUCUACCGCUACGAGAGGGGUCCCCUUGCGCGCCCUUCGCUGGGUUCGUGCUCAACCUUGGGGUCGCAACAGACGGCCAUCGUGAUCGCGGUGAUCUGAGGAUAUGCAUGGUCUCUCCGCUUGGUGGAUGGACGGGCGGCGAGCUGGUGCUUCAUGAAGCCCGCCUUGUCCUCGCCUUGCGAGCUGGCGACCUAUUGUUCUUCCCUUCGAACCGUCUCACUCAUUUCAACAUGAACUGCCAAGGCCAGCGUUUGUCGGUGGUGGCGCACACUGAUAGGGCAUGUAACGCAUGGGUGACGGACGGCUUCGGUUGGGGAGCUCAUCUUUCGUAG